AUGGCAACCCAAAUUGAGCACUGUGAAAUCCAACCUUCACCUGGCGAUGUGAAUGAACUGACACUACCUUUGACAUUCUUCGACCUACCAUGGUUGUAUUUCCAUCCAAUUCAGUGUCUUUUGUUCUAUGAAUUCCCUUGUUCCAAGGCCUAUUUCUUUGAAACCAUCGUUCCAAAUCUCAAAGAAUCACUCUCCCUCACCCUCGAACAUUAUAUUCCACUAGCAGGCAACAUAUUGUGUCCAUUAAACAAUGAAAAGCCUGUGUUGCGCUACAUGGUUGAGGACUCAGUUCCUCUAAUUAUAGUUGAGUCGAAUGAGAAUUUCAAUAAUCUUACUGCAAAUUACGCACGAGAUACAUAUCAGUUCUAUCCUUCUGUCCCUCAAUUGCCACCACCCAAAGAGGAAGCCGAGUACAAAAUUAUUCGAGUCUUCUGUCUACAAGUAACUUUGUUUCCAAAUCAUGGCCUGUGUAUUGGUUUUACCAACCUUCAUACUGUCGGGGAUGCAAGUUCAAUUGUAGGCUUCAUAAAGGCAUGGGCUUCAAUCAGCAAACUUGGUGGAGAUUCACAGUUGAUUGAAACCAAUUCCUUGCCACUCUUUCAUAGAUCUGUCAUUCAAGAUCCCAAUGGAAUAGGAAAUUUAUGGUGGAAUCAAUUGAAUAAUAUUCCUAUCCGAUUUUCAUCUCUGCAUUCACUUACCAAUAAGGUUCGGAACACGUAUAUUCUUCACCAAGCUGAUAUACAGAAACUCAAGGAUUCACUUUUUGCCCGAAACCCAGGUUUAGUUCAUCCUUCAUCUUUUGUGGUUACUGUUGAAAAAUGCUUCAGGGACUGCACGUCAACUUUAGUUUUUAAAUUAUUGUUUCAGAUUUUAUUAUCUUUCUUCCAGUCAAAAGUUGGACCUAGUCUAUAG